AUGAAGGUCCUCCUUUUGCUCCUUCUCUCCCCCCUCCAAGGGGUGGGAGCCAGUGGCCACAAGGAAGAGGAUUUCCACUUCUGCGGGGACCGAAACCAGACCCAGAGCAGCUCUGUCAUUUACGAGCAUGGCCCCGCCACCAUCUCCAUCGAGAACACGGCCCAGGCACUGAUAAUAAGGAGGCCCUUUUUGCCAAACAGGAGAAACUCUUACUACAAGUACAGCUUGCCCCCCACCUUGGGCAGGUACCGCUUCUGUGUCUACUGGUUCAAGGCCAACAGGACCCUGCGGCUGGUGUAUGGGAAGCAGAGCAUCCUCCUGGGUGGGGACCCAUCCAGCAGCAUCACCAAGGGACAGGAGAGUCAGAAGACUGAGAGAACCAGCAUGAUCAUCUUCAAUGUGUCCUACAUCUCGAAGGACGGGAAGAACACCUCCCUUGAUGCUAGAGCUGAAUACUUCUUCCCUGGGCCGCGCCCACUUGGUUCUGGGCACGAGGAAGCCAGUUCUGCCAAUGUAUUUCACGGCAUUUCCUUUCCAUCAGCCUCUCCAGAGAGCAUGCCUGUCUGGGAGCAAGAUGUGGAGGACCAGCUCACUGCCUUGGACAGCCUCCUUGCCCAGCCCCUGGCACCAGCCACAGGAGCCACGGAGCAGCAGACGCUCCGGCGCAAACUCGGGGAGCUGGAGAAGACGCUGGCCAAGGUGGAGCUCGAAGGGCAGAACCAGACCUUCGGGAAGGCCACUGUGCAUGCAACCGUCCUGAGGGUCCAGCCUGCUCAGGAUCCUCAGCACCUGGCCUUUGCUUCCCAGAGAGAGGAGGGUGGAGAGGUCCAUGGGUUCACGGUGGACUUGCCAAGCAGCCUGUUCAUGAUGGUGAAGGAGAGGGAGGAGGUGGUGGAGCACAGGGUGCUCCUCAUGGACAUCAACAACCAAACCAUGUUCCAGGAUGAAAACAGCAGCCACAUCCUGGGAGACAGGGUAGUCAGCAUCUCCCUGGUGGACACGGUGGUAGCCAACCUCUCUGACCCAGUGGUCCUCACUUUCUACCAUGACCAGCUGCCGAGGAAUGUGACCCCACUGUGUGUCUUCUGGCAGGAGGACAUCACUGCUGCUUCUGGGAGCUGGGACAGCUAUGGUUGUACAACAGUGACAGGGAGCAGCCAGACCGAGUGCAGGUGCAACCACCUCACCUACUUUGCUGUGCUGAUGGUAUCCUCCCCAGAGAUCACCUAUGUGCACAGGCAUUACCUGAGUAUCAUAACCUACAUCGGGUGCCUGAUCUCAGCUUUGGCGUCCAUUUGCACCAUCGUCUUCCUCUACUUCAGAAGCAAACAGCGAGACCAGAUCACGAGCAUGCACAUCCACAUGAACCUGCUGGGUGCCAUCUUCCUCCUGGAUAUGACCUUCCUCAUCUCUGAGCACUUGGCUUCCAGCAGCAGCGAGGCAGUCUGCAGAGCUGGGGGGCUGUUUCUGCACUUCUCCCUUCUCAGCUGCCUCACCUGGAUGGGCAUCGAGGGCUACAACCUCUACCGGCUUGUGAUCGAAGUCUUCAACGCCUACCAUGACCACUUCCUCCUCAAGCUCUGCCUGGUGGGCUGGGGAUUGCCCUUCCUCUGUGUGUCGCUGAUCUUCCUGGCUAACUGGACAAACUACGGCCCCUUCUCCGUCCCCAUCUAUGAAUCCAUCGAUGGCAAAUCCACCAGCGCAACCAUCUGCUGGAUCACCAGCCCCCUGAUCCAUAACAUCGUGAACCUGGGUUUCUUCAGCCUGGUGUUCCUCUUUAACUCGGUCAUGCUAGGGGCCAUGGUCCGGGAGAUCCUCCGGCAGAACAAGAAAGGCCACAAGCUCAAGCACGUCCUGGCCCUCUUUGGGCUGAGCAUCCUGCUGGGCAUUCCCUGGGCACUGAUCUUCUUCUCCUUCACCUCUGGUGUCUUCUGCCUUGUCUCCCUCUACAUCUUCACCAUCAUCAACUCCCUCCAAGGCUUCCUCAUCUUCCUCUGGUACUGGACCAUGGUGCUGCAGGCGAGGAAGUCCCCCGACUCGCAGUGCAGCUCUGACAGCGUCAAGCUGCAGCCCAACAGCAGCCACGUUGGCUGAGCCCCGCGGUGGCCGUGCCGUGCCGGGGCUCCCUGCGCCGAGGACGGCCACGGGAAGGACUGACUCCACCUGCUUUGCUACUGCACCCACCUCGUAGGGCUGUGAGGAGCCCAGGGACCUGCAGCGGGACCAGCCGCCCCUUGCCUCUGCCAGCCCCCUCCCCAGUUUUCCCACCCACUGCAUCCUGACUGGCUUGGCAUCUUUGGGGCAGAAAGGAGGGAGGGAUAUUCACUUGGGCAGUGGGGGCCUCCGGACAUCCUCUCCCACGCCCUGAGGCCAGGGAUGAUGGCUGGGAAAGGCCCCAUCUUCAGCCCUUGCUGGUGGUCACCGUGAGGGUCCUUCCCCAGGGAAGACAGAAUGACUCUGCCCCUGCCACACCCUCUGGCAGCUGGAAUAAUCUAUUUUUGUUAUUUUGUUGAAUGUCUAUUUUUGGAUGGUGUAGGAGUUUAGUGAGCAUGCCUGCACACCGGACUUGUGCCCAUUAAAGUUGUUCCUCUCACA